AUGACAACAAUGACACUUUUAAGUUCUGCAAACGCCCAAAAGUUUUGGGAAUUGGAUUCAGCAUUUGAGGUGAAGGAGCGCCACACGAGUAGUCCUGUAAGAACUAUGGAAACCUUUCGCUUUCAGAAAGAAGUACUCAGUGUGAAUGGGGAAACUGACACUGGUGAACGACCAAGUAACGCUCACUUGAUCAGUUUUGAAGAACAUCAGGCAUCUCUUCCACGUUUGCCUAUUCCACCAUUGCGAGACACCUGCGAAUUAUAUCUAAAGUCUAUUCAAGCUAUUGCUUCAUCAGAGGAAUAUUUCUACGCAUCUAAAGCAGUAGAAGAGUUUCUACGCCCUGGUGGUACAGGUGAACUACUACACAGUCUACUAGUAAAAUGGGAUCAGUCAUGUGAUCAACCAAGUUGGCUUGAAGAGUUCUGGGAUGAUUCUUACCUCUGUACACGUGAUCCCAUACCUGUAAAUGUGAAUUACUUCUUCCAAUUGCAGCCCCAUCCACAACAGAAAGGUGGAAUAGAACGUGUUUCUCAGGUUGGGCGAGCUGCAAGUCUUCUACAUGCUGCCACAGAGUAUUAUCUUUCUAUUCUUAAUGGUACAGUGGAAAAAGAGUUUGAGCGGGAUUCACCUGUUUGCAUGAGUCAAUAUAGAUAUGUCUUUUCUACUGCACGUGUUCCUGGUUUACAUCGUGAUCGUAAAGUUUGCUACUCUACAAGAGCCUUAACGAGUGAUGAAAAAAAAUCAAAGUUUGCAGAAUUUGUGGCUACAGAUCCUAAACAUUGUAUUAUUAUUAUUCGAAAUCGUUACUUUAAAAUACAGGUAUUACAUGAUGAUGGGACACAGUAUAGUGUGAAUGAAAUAGCACUUGCACUUAAGCAUAUUGAAAAUAUUGUCACUUCACGUAAAGAACCAGGAGCUCCCAUUGGUCUUUUUACAACAUUAGAUCGUACAGACUGGUUUCACGCUCGAGAGCGUUUGAAAGCUUUGGGAAAUGGUGAAGUUCUGCAAGCAAUUCAAUCAGCGAUUAUUUGUCUUUGCCUUGAUGCUGUAGAAGUAACUUCUCCAGAUGAGGCAGCACGACUGUUCUUACAUGGCCCAGGCACUAAUCGCUGGUUUGAUCGUCAUAAUAUUAUUGUAACUCGUGAUGGGAGUGCUGGUAUUAACUGGGAACAUUCCGUAGCAGAUGGUGGGACAACAUUGCACGUGGCAGACUUUAUGUACAGACGAGAUUGUGAAAGAUAUAUAACUGAUAAAGAUCUGGAAGAAUUGAUGCAAAAUAAAAAAAUGACAUCACUCACCCUUAAAAUGAUAUCAGAGUUAAAUUGGUCUAUUGAUAAUGGUCUUGAUAAGUUAAUGAAUGCCGCUUUUGCAGAUUUUAAGGUUUUAAUUCAGAGCAAUGAGACACAUGUAUUACAUUUUCAACCAUUUGGUGGUAUUGCUAUUAAAAAAAAUGGAAUGUCACCUGACGCAUUUGUACAAGUGGCUCUUCAACUGACUUUUUACAGACUUUUUGGAAGAAACUGUGCUACUUAUGAGGCGGCGAGUACACGUACUUUUUCGCAUGGACGAACGGAAUGUGUGCGAAGUGCAACUCGAGCUGUUUGGGAUUUCUGUCACGCCGCAGCGGAUCCUGUUUUUUCAAAGCGUGUGGGAUCUUAUGUACCAAAUCAACGAGAUCUUUUACGUACAGCAUUGGAUGCUCAUACAAAUUAUAUGAAACUUGCAAAGAAAGGUCUUGGUGUGGAUCGUCACUUAUAUGGACUUCGAGUUAUGGGACGUAUGCAUGGUAUUCCACUUCCUGAUAUCUUUACAAAUACAUGUUUCCAGCGGAGUGCAACUUGGCUAAUGUCUACAUCCCACUGCGGAAGUAGUGCAUUGGAUGCAUUUGGAUUUGGACCUGUUGUUGGAUCAGGUUUUGGUAUUGGGUAUAUGAUUAAAGGAAACAGUAUGGAUUUUGUUAUCACUUCCAAGUACACACAUCCUUUUACCUCUUCUUCUGUAUUUGCAUCUAUGUUACAUUCUUCACUUAUGCAUUUGGAGUCUAUUGUUCAAAGCGAAAAAAUUGGUGAACGUGCAAAUGGCCACACGUUGGUCUUUUCACAUCCUUUUGGUUUGAAUGAUUUUGAAUAUACACAACAAGACGGGUUCUUAUACCAGCGAUAUGCGAAGGAAAGUCUACGAGAACUCGCACACACUAUGGAAGAGAGUGGGAGUAACGAAUCCUCUGCGGACGUCACAAGUGGAUGUUCCUCAGAGGGUGUGAGUAAUAUUUUGUAA